AUGGAUUCCCAAGCUAUCAGCCUCCCCAAAGGCUAUAAACUCCAGCCUGGCUACCCUCCGACCUCCCAAUACCUUGAACUUCGCUUGGUUUCCGGACUCUCCCCGAAAACACCAUCCCAGGCCGCUGCAGUUCCCACUGGCAGCUGGUAUGGCUUUUACGUCACUUUCGAAGCCACCAAGGGCGAUCCACAACCGAUUGGAAUGGGAAGGAUAAUUGGAGAUGGUGGCUGGUAUUUUCAUAUUGCCGACAUGGCUGUGCAUCCUGAUCACCAGAGGAAAGGCCUCGGGGAUGUGAUUCUCAAAGCGCUCCUCCAGCAUAUUCACCGAGAGGCUCCUGCUGAUGGAAAGCCAUAUAUCACACUGUUUGCAGACGAGCCUGGUCGGAGGCUAUACUAUAAGAAUGGAUUUGUGGACGCGGCUCCUGGUCAGCUAGGCAUGUGGCUGAAGUGA